AGCAGUUCUUUGGCUUCCAAUCAAAGGCACAAAAGGGCUUGCUUCUAAUCCAGACCAGACCAGACCAGACCAGACAGCCUGAGAAGGGUUGCCGAUCGACUACUAUGAUUGCUUCUUCUUCUUCCCCUUCUCCUCUCUCUCUCUCUAAAUCCCCCCUUUUCUCUGUAUAUUCGAUCCUUGAGAUAAUCCACCGCUGCCUUCUUUUUGAUAACCAGAUUGAGUCCAAAAAAAGCUCCCCUACUUCCAUUCGCUGCAAAUCACGGAGGAGCUCUCUUCAGCAUCUUUGUGUUGACAGCCACGCCUCUCCUUCCCUUUUCUCGUUUGAAGAUGGGAGUGGCAGAACAGUUCUGACAUGGAGGAGGAAAUCCUGUUGAUAGGAAUGAUUAGGCUUGUGAUUCUAAUGAAAUAUGCGGAUCCUGUUGGGAUAUGUCCCUCUUUGAGCAUUUGCAAGUAAGAGGAAGGUCUUCAUUUCCUACAAAGCAAAGUGAUUGAUACAAGGGAUAGAUCUGAGAAAAGCCAAAAGUUGUUUAGCAAACUUCUUGUUUCUUCAAGUUAGUGAGUCAUUUUCAUUCAUGAUCAUGGAGAGCAAAGCUUCUCAGAGUAUAAGUUUUAAUAUCCUUGUGGAGAAGGAGAAAAACCGAGUUGUUUUUGUGGAGUCAAAUAAGGAUUUUGUUGACAUUAUAUUCAGCUUCAUGACAAUGCCUAUUGGAACAAUCAUUAGACUCACUCGUGAGCGCUCAUUGAAGGGUGAGAUUGGCUGCUUGAAAAACCUAUAUGAAAGUGUAGAGAAUCUUGAUGAGGAACAUUUCAAAAGUGAGUUCAAGGAGAUAAUACUUGAUCCUCGAAGUGCAGCUGAAAUCUACUGUAGGAAUCUAAAACUAAAUUUGAAUGAAAGUAAAAACAGCAAAUAUUAUGCGUGCAGCAGUGGUAAUUGCAGUUUUGUGAGCUAUACUGAAACUGCUUGUGGUCGCUGUGGAAAACCCUUGGAACUUGAGGUAAGACUUCUAAGUCUGGCUCAUGAAGAUGGCCCAGUGUUUGUAAAACCAACUGCACGCUUUAUGAUAACAGAUGAUUUUCAAGUAUUGCCAAUGUCCACUAUGACUGGCUUAUCUCUGCUUAGCAAACUUGGAGCGAUGGAUGAGAGCAAAAUAGAAGAGAGAACCGUGAACAUCGGAAAGGAUGAGGUUCUGAAAUUGCUAAACUGUUCAUUAGCAUCAAGAACUCCCUUCUCUGACACUUUCGUGGAACCACCUAUCAGUAAGUCCAAUGUUGUGAUUCAUCGUGGAGAAUAUGGACCAAGAAGUACAGAUCAACGUCAAAGUGACAUGGACACAACAACUAAACAUUCAAAGAUAAACUUGAAGCUUAUCAUCCACAAAUCUAGCACAAGGGCAUUGUAUGCAGAAGUUGAAGAAAAUUUCAUUGAGCUUCUAUGCAGUUUACUUCUACUUCCAAUUGGUUAUGUCUUCAAAGAAUUUCCAAGUUUGCGUUUCAAGGGAUGCAUGGAUAACAUAUACAAGAGUAUCCAAGAUUUUGACGACAAGUUCUUCCAAUCUAAGGAGAUGAAGGCAAUUCUAGUUGAUCCAAAACUAGCCCAAGGUCUUGCUUGUAGUAACAAACUAAUUGGCAUUGAGGAAGCUAUAAACCCAUCAUUAUCAACCCUUAGUUCCCUAUUUACAACAAGAUGCUCUGUGUUGAGUUCAGAGUCCCCUCCCAGGGAAGCUCAGCUUAGCGGUGGAUUUAUGAAAGGACCAUCCAUGUUCAUGGUGACUGACAAUUUGCUCAUAAAACCUAUAUCUCCAAUCUCAGGCAUAUCUCUCAUCAACAGGUUAAAGGUUCCCCUUAGUGAUGUCGGUGAAUUGGAGGUGACCAUGAGUGAGGAUGAGGUUUUGCGUCUAUUGGUGGCUUCUUUGAUAUCAGGAUCUGCUUUGACCAAUGCUUUCAAGUCAUUCAUGCAUAAGGAGCCAAAGCAAGAACCAUGAGGUAAUGUAAUAUAUUGAACAAUGGCAGAAACUCUACCAGGAUGUAAUAAAUGGCGGAACAUGUCUGUAUAUAUAAGCCUAUGUUAUACUGGAAAUAUACAAACUGCUUUCCUAGUAUUAAUAAAGCCCUGUUUGGUGCAACUUAUGGUUUUUUUUUUUGUUAUUUUGGGAAACGAUGCUAGAGUAUUUGAUUAAGCUUCUGCUUAUAGUUUGUGAUGCAGAAAUAUAGCUUCUGAAAAAAUCUGAUUAACGAUAUCAAUGGAAAGUGUGCAUUUAGCU